UCGUACAACAACGAUAUCGAGUUCCGAUAGAUUAGGGAACUAGGUGGUUUGCGUUGGGAGGGAGCGAGAAGUAGCGUUUGUGUGUGAGAGUUGAAGUCUUGAAGAGUCAAAAGUGUAAGCCAGUCAGCGCUGAAGUGGGAUCAGCAGCUAGUAAUUACGUAGGCUGCGGGCAUAGCCAUCCUCUCAGGGUUUGGUUUGCCAUCGUCCGUGAUGGAUCUGGGACUGUCCUUGCGCCUGACGUCUGUGCAGCAGGGACGUGGUUCUCUUUUGCCUCAUCGCCGUUUCCCCGUUAGCAAACAACGGAGGGUAAAUCUGAAUCUGACACUCUGUACGGGUGGCAGCAGGGCAUUGCACACCGGGGAACCGUCUGGCAGUCAGUUGUCCGGUGGCUGGACGGGCGGGCAGAGCUCCGUUAGCAGUUGCAAUUGGUUUCGUCAAAAUUUAGAGGAGACGGCAACAAGCAGCUCGUCUUGGUCCCCGUUCAUUUCGUUGGGCCAUGGCUUUGACCAAAAUCAGCCUUCUGAUCUCCGACAGCUGGAGAUCCAGGAGAAGGCCGCGGUCUCGGGGUCGCUUUUCUCUCCUCCGCCCGCGUCCGUUGACUGUGGUGUCGUCAAGAUCUGUGAGAACGGUCCGAGAGAGUUAGGGUUUAACCGUUUUCAUGAUCGAGACCAUUGGAGGCGUAAUCUGAGGGAAGAAGUGGUUGAAAGAGGAGGGGGAGGAGGAGGAGCAGGUCGCGGGGAACGCUAUUUGGAGUCGCAAUCUCUACUGUCGAGGAUGGGGGGGGGAUCUGCUCCUACCGGGUCUGACUGGGCCGGCUGUCGUCUUACCAGUGCCCGGCCACGGCCGGCAGAGGACUCGACUUCCCCCCUACCUUUUUCGUCAGACGAUGCCGCUUGUUUGACCCGAGGGGUGGGGACGAUAGCUGAGGAUUUUCCCAUGAAGAAGGAGAGGGAGAGCGCAGGGUGCGCUGAUGCUGGGCGACAAGAGACACCACCUCCCGCGGGAGUGUUGGGAGCAUCGCUGCUGUCGUACCGGAAUGGGGCUAAAGGGCCGUACGGGUGCGAUCUCUUCUCAGCGACGGGAGUCGUCGCGAAGGAGAUGGCGAGUCCCGACGCUAUCGGGAGCCGCUGUCUCUCUGCGACGGCCGCCGUUCGCCCAGACGCCGAACUUGCCGCCAUGACCAUCCUGCCACGUGCCAUGCUGCCUCCCCCGCCGUCUGCUCCUGGAGCGACCGCGCGCUCUCCGGUUCCGCUGCGCUCUCCGACUUGUGGGAAUUUCUCUAAUCACACCGUUGAUAGAAAUGCGUCGCCGUCGCCGAUCGGCAACUUCUGCGCUCCCGUACAUCGUCGGCAAUGGUGGAGAUCCCCGCCGCCAAAGGAUAUGGCGACGCAAGAGGAGUCGCCUCGUACAAUGGAGCGGGGAGGCAUGGCGGCGGAUCAUGACAAGAGGAGGGUAGACGAGGAGGCCAGGAAGGAGGAGCAACAGCAGCAGUAUAGCGGCCAGAAGCGAAAAAUGCAGGCAACAGAAGCAGCGGAGGCAGAGGUUGACCCCUUGGCAGGACCGAUGCUCGGUCUCGCAAUCGGGUGGACGGGAGAAAAACAGAUGCCGCCGACGGAUCUUUCCAGCGAGCGUGAUCACUUCAGCUCUGUAUUGGUUCAACAUGGAGAUGGAUCGGGCAAACAACUUGAGGAUGGAAGCAUCCGGGGAUUGCCAGUAGUUGGAGGAGGAGGUGGAGGAGGAGGGGGAUGGAGUCGCACAAUAGAGGAGGACUCGGCGGGCCGCCGCCGCUCGGUCAUUGACAACUCGUCGGGGGAAACAUGGCGGGGCCUCGACGGAGAGACCGCUGCGGCCAGUGCGGCGGCGUUCCGUCGUGAAACUCCGGGUCCCAUUUGGUCCCAGGCACGGCAAGAUUCAGAGCGUCGACAGCAGCACGAUCUACAAACACGCGGGCAAGACGAAGAACAGCUGCAGCAGCGAAUCAGCAGCACCUUUGCCCCUCCGUCUACUGGGGAAAGUGGCGGCCUUGUCCCUCCGUCUAGGGGGCAAAAUGACGGCUUUGCCCCUCGUAAUACAAGUCAAACGGACCUGAUCGCCGCAACUUCGGCGUUGACGGAGAUGGAAAUUCGUCGCGGUGCGUGGACGCAGAAGCAGCGAGGCGACGAUCUUUUCGAGGCGGCGGGAGGGGUAACCGUUCCUGGAUCUGCGGUGAAGUUCAACACGAAGUGCCACUUGGAGUACUCUCGAAAGGAGAACGCGGUCGAAACAGCCGCUGCGGUCAUUCGCGAGACGAGUGCUUCAUUUGUGGAAUGGGCACAAUGCGGCGACCAGAGACACGCUAGGUACAAUCUUGGAGACUCGAACGGAGGAAAAAAUACCCGGGCGAUGGAGCCGCAGACGGCGCAGAGUUCACGAGUCGCAGGAACGAUCAACAGAGAGUUGCAGAACACUCUGGCUUCUCAAGGGGAGCAGCACAAGCCUUCUUCGGGUCAGGGUCAGGACGCAGAAGAUGUCGCCAGCACAGUCGAUGACGUUAACCAGGGAAUGACGUUGAGUGGUCCUGCCUCAUCUGAGCAGCAGGGAAGCUCUAACAACACUGCGGGGGACAUGAGCAGAGUGGGACCAGAUCAGGGCUUCUGCCAUGAGCAGCACUACACAAGUAAUGGGAAUAGCGGCAACCCUCACAGCAGAAUGCGAGCAGCCGCUGGUGGACUCCCUCCCUCCCAGUGCCCCCUGGAAAGCGAUAAAACUCGAUCGGAUGGGCCUAGUACCCUUUCCGACAGGAUUUCGUUGCCCAAGGAUAUCCACAGCAGCAAUGUGGCAACAGACGAGGAGCAAGCCCGAGCAAUUUGCCGCCAGCGACGCAAGGAGCGCUUUCACCAACUCAAGAAGCAACGCACUGCUUCAAAGGAGUCGUGUUUUGCUCCUCCCAGUAUGGUGAAUAGCUGCAUGUCGCCGCCGCCACGUCUGCAGCCGCAGCCACAGAAACAACAGCGGCGUGCAAGCAAGUUCGUAAACUGUGCAGAUUGUACGAGGACCAGAUGUCAGGUUGCGCGACCUGUUGAGGAUUGUAUAGCGGCCGGAUAUCAGUUUGCUCCGCCUGUUUACAACGGGAUCCCAUCUGUGGGGCAUGCACAUUCCCCACCAGAAGGAAUAGCAUUUCCAGGACAUCAUGGCGGGCCAGGUGGGGGCAUUCCUUUGUAUCCUUCCCCUGUUCCAGGAGGCAAUCCAAUGACUCCAUAUCUCCAAUACAGACAAUUCGGGUUAAGUGGAAUGUUUCAAAGACCUUCGUGGGGGCCGAUCGCAUCCCCAUAUUUCACCUUUGCAGCUGGAGCCUGAGGCUCUCACCCCCUAAGUACAGGACAUGCCCGCUUGUGUCAAGUUGUUAUACUUGUAGGAUUCCAAAGGAGUAAAUUCCGGGGUAAUGA